AUGACCUACAAGCCACGCGCCGAAGCACCUAGAGCUAAAACCUACAAGUUUGACUUAAAGAUACACAAAGACUCAUGUUAUUCUACGCAAAGUGAAAGUACUGAUGAUUCCGUGUCUGAUAAUUCGUUGUUUUCUCUUCCCUCCACCUCUGACUCGGUCAACUCGCUGUCGUCGCACGGUGCUCGAAAAAAUUCCUCUGCGGCCACCACCCCUCCAGAUCCAGCCUCCUGUUUGGAUUACCUGAAGCGGCGCGAAGUAUUCCUCUACAAGAUGAUGAAUGACCCCAGUCAUAAGGCUAUGCUGUACUUUCUCGAGGUCUUGAUGAACUCAGAGACACCACUGACGGUUGAGCAACUGGCCGCAAGGCUCACCAACAAGUCAUUCAGUGCGGAAAUGCGCGAGGCUUGUGGUGGUGGCAGUUCAGAGGCACUGAAGAACUUCCUUGAAAAGUAUCCAUCUCUCUUUACCAUCAAACCGUCUGGUCUGGUUAGCGCUGUUGCCAUCGACAUGCCCGGCUUCGACGAGAUGUCAGAGACCAGCAUAGAUCUUGAAAACUGUCUCAGCCCCUCAACCACCAGUCGGGCCUCAGUUUCGGUCGGUCCAAUGCCUUCUGAGUCGCAGCGAUCCGCGGAGAAGAAGGGCACCAGUAGCUCAACCCAGGUGGAUACCACGGCAGUCUCUUCAACUGUGGAUAAGUCCAGCGAUUCUGGUGAAACAGAGGCUGUGAAGUUCUUCCAGCAACGCCUUAGUCGACGAGAAGAACGUUGGGUGCCAAUAAAGAGCCUUGCAGGUCAUCUUUCACAGGCUUCACCAGAAGUUCGAGCUGUUGUCGGUCCUCAGUUGGAGUUUCGCGGCUUCCUCUUGAAACAUCCUCAUGUCUUUGAGGUGCAGGGUGAUCUCGUUGGUCUCAAAGACCCCUUCACAGCAACGUGCCUUUCGAGGAGACCAAAAUCAUUCAUGACGGGAGCAAACAGCUCCUCGUCAACCAACCUUUCGACCCUGAAUCACGCCAAGCUGCCCGCACAAAAGGUCUCCAGGCCCAAAUCCCUCAUCAUGCUCUCACAGGCCUCGAAUGGCGGGUUCAACAAUUUUCGCUCACAACCGACUCGUGGACUGUGCAAUGCGCCGACUGGCUCAGAGUGUUACCUCAUGAACCAAGAUCGGUUCGGCGGCGGCGGCGGCGGUUACAGUGAAUGUACUCCUCUGACGCUGUCCGGAAAGCCUAUUGGUAGUCUUUCGGCGGAUGCCGGCCGCUUCCAGGCCCCG